UCUCGGUUGGUCUCAAGGUCCGCUCCGAGGGUCUCUCCGCACACAACCCCAUCAUCAUGAUCCCGGGGGUGAUCUCUACCGGACUCGAGUCUUGGGGAACCUCGAACAUAUCUCGGCCCUACUUUCGAAAGCGUUUAUGGGGCAGUUGGAGCAUGAUGAGGGCCCUGGUUAUGGAGAAAGAGGUCUGGAAGAAACACAUCAUGCUGAACAAGAGAACGGGCUUGGAUCCUCCAGACAUUAAACUGCGUGCUGCACAGGGGUUCGAUGCUACCGAUUUCUUCAUUACGGGAUACUGGAUUUGGAACAAGAUUCUAGAGAACCUGGCAUCCCUAGGGUACGACUCGACCAAUUCCUUCACUGCGGCGUAUGACUGGCGGCUGUCGUAUCCAAACCUUGAAACGAGGGACCAUUAUUUCACCAGGUUGAAAUGCUACAUUGAGAUGUCGGUACACGUCGAAAAUAAGAAGGUUGUUCUCACAUCUCACAGUAUGGGCGGCCAAGUAGUUUUCUACUUUCUUCACUGGGUCGCGUCCGAUCAGGGCGGCAAAGGCGGCGAUGAUUGGGUCGAAAAACAUAUCGAUUCUUGGAUUAAUGUUAGCGGAUGCUUGCUUGGCGCAGUCAAGGAUGUCGCAGCCAUCCUCUCCGGCGAGAUGCGCGAUACCGCACAGCUAAACGCAUUCGCUGUCUACGGGCUUGAGAAGUUUCUUAGCAAGGAUGAGCGUGCCGAAAUCUUUCGUGCGAUGCCUGGGAUCUCAUCAAUGCUUCCAAUUGGCGGAAGUGCUAUUUGGGGCGAUCUUGACUCGGCCCCGGACGACCAGCCCGGCCAAGAGCAUAGCUUCGGGUCGUUCCUGAAUUUCCGAAUCGGCCAGAAUUGGACGACCCCUGAUAAGAACUUUACGGUGGAUGAAGCCAUGAAGUAUUUGCUUGAGACCACUGACGACUGGUAUCGGGACCAGAUCCUGGGUAGCUAUUCUCAUGGUGUCGCCCACACGAGAGCCGACGUUGAGGCCAACGAAGCCGACCCGAGGAAGUGGAUAAAUCCUCUGGAGACUCGACUUCCGCUCGCACCCAGUCUCAAGAUAUAUUGCUUUUAUGGCGUGGGAAAGCCGACAGAAAGAGCAUAUUUCUACCGCUCUCCAGAACCCGGCUCAAUAACUAACUUAAAUAUGACGAUAGACACGGGCUUGACGCAGGGCGAGGUUGACCACGGCGUUAUUAUGGGGGAGGGUGACGGAACGGUCAACUUAAUGAGCACUGGAUACAUGUGCAACCGUGGAUGGAAUAUUAAGAGAUACAAUCCUGCAGGUGUCAAGGUGACCGUUGUUGAGAUGCCACACGAACCCGAGCGCUUCAAUCCAAGAGGAGGGCCCAAGACGGCUGACCAUGUCGACAUUCUGGGGAGGCAAAAUUUGAACGAGUUCAUCCUUAGGAUCGCCGCUGGCAAAGGCGACACCAUUGGAAACUACAUUGUCAGCAACAUUGUCGAGUACUCGGAGAAGGCGAAGGUGUAUGAUGACGAGUGAAACUAUACAGGAUACAAGGAAGGCCAUGGGUUCUUUUAAUAAUACGACAAUAGACGGGGGAGGCGUUAUGGGUUGUUGGGUUGGAUUUAUAGGUUGGCAGUGGCUUGUUAGACUCGAUCGUAAAAAAAUAUAUUUACCUGCAGUUCAUGCCGACC